GCAGCCUUCUGUGACGCAGCGACGCUGGCGACGCAGCUCGGCCUGUCCGUUAACAGCUGGCGCGCGCCUUUACGGAACGACGGCCGGCACCGCGACCAGUUCGAGUUCUUCAUCUUCGGUGUCUUCUGUUUGACGUGGUAUUGCUCGGAAGAUCGAGCUCGGAGCCGUCGCCACAGAAGUAGACGAACGCAGCGAGCUUUACGGAACUCAAUUACACGAGAGUCUCGAUGCUUCGUAACGUGCGUAUUCAGCGAGAGCUGGCGAUGCUGAACUCGGAGCUGCCUCCGGGCAUCGUUUGCAACCCGGUCGCCGAUAUGUUGGACACUUUCGAAGCAGUCAUCACCGGUGCCAACGGGACACCGUACGAGGGAGGAAUUUUCAAGCUCAACAUUCGCAUUCCCGAAAGGUACCCAUUUGAGGCACCCGUAGCAGUGUUCAAAACUGAAAUACAGGGUACAAUAUUCAGGUACCCAUUUGAGGCACCCGUAGCAGUGUUCCAGACACCAGUGUACCACCCCAACGUGGACUCUACAGGCCGCAUCUGCCUAGAUGUUCUCCAGAUGCCACCCAAGGGUCGCUGGCGCCCAUCCCUGAACCUCAAAGUCGUCCUGCUCUCACUGCAUGCCCUGCUGGCUCAGCCAAAUCCUGACGACCCCCUUGUGCCUGAACUCGCUGACCAGUUCAAGUACCAGAGGGACAUGUUCAACCGGCUGGCCGCUGAACACACUCGCCGACACGCCAUGAGCUGAGCCUUUGACACACUGUUUUUGUUGAUGCCAUGCCUGCUUGGGUCCAAAAGGCUUUCCCAGCUCCAGCUCUUUUGGGAGUUGGAACAAAGAGAAGUUUUUCUUGUUCAGAAUUUCAUCCUUUUGUAUUUAUUUAGCCUUUCUAAACCACCAAGCUUGCUACAAUUUCCUAUAGCCUGCUCAUGUUUUUAUUGUGAGUCCAUGAACAUCCAAGAAGCAGUGUUCACAAUCGAGUGUUACGUUAGGUCUUUCUACAGAGGUACAAUGUUUUAGCUGUGUCAAUACGUUUGAACUUCUCAUAUUGGGUCAUUGUAUUGUGCAAUGUUUCUCUAUGCAAAGGUGAGCCCUGGGAAGAAAGGGACUGUCGUUAGGGAAGUUUAGCAUUGUGAUACAUAAUUAUAAUUAACAGUGAUAGUAACACAAGUCACACCAGCUCAUGCUGCAUCGACCAAAGUAAUAGUUUUUUUUUUGAACGAGGCAAGGACAAAUAUACUGCAGGGCUGCAAAAAGCCACCAUAGUAUGUAAUUCUGAACUGCUAAUAUUUUUGUAUUUUGUAUAUCUUUCGUGCAUUUCUUGCCUUCAGAAAAAUUGUCUAUAUAUUCCCUGACACUACUAGGCAAUGACUUAGCUGCAGAACGCUUAUGCCACUUAGUCUUCUGUUACAUGUAUUAACUGGACCAACAAAAGUCAUGAAGUUCUCAUUCUGCAAUACCAAAGUGGGCUCAUAAGUUUUUCAUUGUAGAAUAAUUCUUUUUGUAGCAUAGCAUGCCGGGAAAUCAAUUUUCUGGUGCAAGACAAUGUCUCUGAUGUGCGAUUUUCACAUAGUAAAUUUUCAAGUUCACACCAGUAAAUGCGGGUGGUUAAGCAGAAAGGCACCCGUUGAGUCUUUUGUUCAGGUAGUGUUUUGUCGAGUUGCGUACGCUACAGAACACCAAAGCGCGUUUUGACUAUUGUUGCCUGCACUUCAGCCUGUAAAGUUCUCCUUUUUUUCUUUUUUAAUCAGCUCCUCAAUCAAAGAUGGAAUGCAAUGCGUCAUUGUCGCCAUUCUUUGUAAUACGUGGCUAUAGUGAACAACACGUGGGCUUCUGGGAUAUGCAGCUGCUAUUAGAACUAUAAUUAGCUAUUUUUGUGCCAGCUUUCUAAGUGCCUGCCUGUUUGGCGAUUGUCACAUUAGGUAGUUUGUGACUCUGUACUGCAUAACACUGCAUUUCACGAUUCGCUCAAGCCUUCCGCACUGAAGACGAAUUGGCAGCGAUGAAUUGAACCGAACUGGUUGGUGGUGGAUAGAAAUAGGAUAACCACAGAAAUGAUUCAUUAAAAGCAGUAGUUUUCUGUUCCUAAGUUAUAUCGUGAAGCAGGCCUGAAAAAGGCAUGUUUGGCAGUCGGUAAGAAGUCUUUGGUGCAUUCACUAGUUCCUUGGCACCACCCAGACGAACACGGCAGCCAUGGUUUUUCCAGUUGAGGUCGAAAUUUCAUGUGGUCACAUUGCUACCCGCUGCAUUGGACAUAUAAGCAUUAGAGGUCAUUUGACGCACGCAGACUGAUGAAAUUCAAAUUGUCCAUUAGGGUCAUUUUCGAGAUAAGAAUGAUGAUUUUAGGCCCGUAAAACAAAUCGUUGAGCAUCAGCUGGAUUUGUUGGUUGAGAUCAAAAUUUAGAAAAAUUGAAUUUUUGCAAAAAUAAUUUAUUGGGCCUUAUUUGUUCAAGGCUAACAAUUUCUAAAGAGUUGUUCAUUGUCAAUGUGAGACGUGGGAGUAUUUUAAAUGCAGCCAUACACAGAGUUGUACAUUUCUUUUCCAUAUUUAGUAAGCUUACAGUCAUAAUCAAUAAGUCUUUGUCAUCCAUUGUUCAAUGUAACGACACAUUAACGUCAAAGCAAUGGAGUUUGACGAAUCUUUUACUGUGGUGAAAUUUCAGGUCAUUUGAUGUGGGCCUUGCCUAACACAUUAGUCCAGUAUUAUGGAAAAAUGAGAAAUCAUAGCCAAAUCAUAAUCAUAGUCACAUCACCAACUCUCGGCACCCAAGUGGCAAAGAUCGAGGCAAUCAGAUGCACAUCACUGCCAUUUUUACUUUUUGACAAAAAUUAUCAAAAGCAUUCUUAUCUAUGGCACCAUUUAGCAUUGCUUCAUCGAUUUUAUGCUGCCCAGGGGCAUUUUUUAACCCUGUAAUUAACAUCAUGUUUUAACUUACCGUAUGCCCCACAUUUUUAGCUUGAAACAGCUUUACGAUUUGGCUGCAGGGUAAGCAGAAAUAACGACGUGCACAUGCUAAGAAUGCAUAAAGUUUUCAAGAAUUUUUGUUGCAUACUAGUGAAGUUGGUAAUUUUUUGUUUACAUGUUCCGAAGUUGGGAACAUAAUCCUUUUGCCCUCGAGCACUUGGGUCAUUGGAGAGGUUAUCCUCAGCCUGUGUCCCUUGCGUUUGCUGAAUAAAUUUCAUAUUACCACAUUGCAUAUACAUUCCAGAUGUGGUACUUAACUCUGCUUUGUGAAAUGGAUGCAGUAUUUCUGGGCAGUUCAACUUUACUAAUGCUGCAUUCUAUGUGGUUCACUUCUUAAGAAUUUCACAAAUUAGCAUUUUUCUCACCGUUUAAGUGUCCUUGAGCCAUGUGCACACAGCAAUGUUCAUGUACUUACUAGCUGGUUGAUACAGUGUCAACUUUUGUACUACACUUCCACUUGCUUAGUACAGCUUGUACUCAUGCAGUUUCGCUAUAUAUUUCCUGGUGUAAUAAACUUGCACACAGUUGUUCGUGCAGCACUUGUGCUGUGUGAACAUUCUUUCUUCAUCUCGUUUUUCUGCUGUUUCACCACAGUAUCAUGUACCAUCCUUGCCCUUCAAGACAUCCUUCCAUGCUCAUGUGAGACUAACAGUGGCGUGUAAUAACAGUAGCUUUCAAGGGAGAUAUUGUGGAAUUGAAUUUCACUGCUCAUAAAUAAAGAUAUAUUAUUGCAUUUAAAACUCAGUUCGUGCCUUGUUUAUCCAUUGUUAACGCGAUAGCGUUGAAGAGCUCGCUCUGCAAAAAUUUUGGCAUUGGUGUCGGUGUCUGCAUCAUUGGUUGUGAGUGCAAAAUCAUCUUGUCGUGGCCCAAAAAUCAAGAAAGAGACAAGUGAAAUAACUAAUAAAAAAAUUUGGGGUUUGAGUGAGAAUUCAACCCAGGUCGUUUGCAUGGCAAGCGGGUGGUCUACCACACAGCCACUCCUCUGCUUGUGAAUAGUGAAAAAAAACUUCCUCUGCUUGUAAAUGCAGCGAGAGUAACUUUCAUGCUUUACAGACACACGUGUCCUGUAUACAUACUUCGCAAUAGACCGUGAAAUAUUGCAAACGAAGAAAAAGAUACGGCUUGGCAUUUGUUCCAGUGUUUUGUUGGUCCUUUUUUCUGUCCUUUUUUUCCCCUCUUGCAAAAGAGAAAUAAUUAGUCUCAUGUAGGGUAAAAAAAAAAUAUAGAGUAGUUUCCAAGAUGGCUUUCAGGUGGUGUCACCGUCGCUGUAAUUUCUGCUAAACAAGCUCUUUAACGCUGUCGCAUUAAUAUAACUCUUGAUCUUUAGCUCUUAAAUGAAGUGUCGCUCCUGGGUCAUGCUGCUAAAUAUAAAUGCAAUUCCAUAGAGUAACCCGAGCGAGUGGCGCAGAAGCUCUCAUUUUUCGCAGUUUUGUCUGUUUCCAGGAUUUUUACCUAGAGAGCCUGUGAAAUCAAAGACAUCGCAAACUAUUUCGCAUCUUACAGGACUUCACAUGUAUGUGAUCGUUGAAUUUAGUGUUCCUGAGUGUCAUGUUUUGAAAGUUAUAAUAAACUGCAUAUUAUACAUG